AUGGCCUCAAAUUCACUAGCAACCCAAUUCCAAGCCCAUCUAGACGACUUUCGGAUAUCCCUAGAGCCCAGCGCACUCAAUUACCUUACAUCCAUGCUCGCUGUCAUGUCCAUGUCCGAUAAAGCCAGGGACGUACGAGACGCCACGGAGAUGUUUCUCGAGGAGGCUGAUGUAGACCCGGAGAAGAUCAAUCAGUUUUAUGCGACUCUUGGCAAGGGAAACGUGAAGACAUCUUCAGGGACUUUGACGUCAGCGUCAGCGUCUAGUACACCCACGGAAAAUGCUCCGAAACCUAUGUCGUCUAUCGAGGCCCGCCGCAUGAAACGCGCGCAAAAGAAGGCCGCUACCACCGCCUCCCCAACGCCGCCCACAGAAGCAGAGCCCAAGAUCACAGCAACUGCCCAGCAGAGUCGGUUCCACCGUGAGACCCUCGAGACAUCGUCCAAAGACAUCGACAUGCAGACCGUCAAUAUCAGCGUCAACAACCUCGAUCUUCUCGUCGAUGCGCAUCUACGACUCAAGGAAGGCGUGCGAUACGGUCUCGUGGGGCAGAACGGCGUCGGAAAGACGAUGUUGAUGAGAUGCAUGGCGGAUAACAUUCUUGCUAUGCCAAGUAAUCUCAAUAUCCUCCAUAUUGCGCAACUUGAGACUUUCGACGAGUCCACCACCGUAUUGAAUGAAGUACUCGAAGCAGACAAGGCAUGCUUGAAGGCUUUGCGCGAAUACGAAGCCUUACACGCAAUACUCGGAGACGCACCUCAGUCCACCUCAUCAAACACCGCCCAGUUAAAUAUUGCGCUCCACAACAUUCUUAUUUCUCGAAUGGAGACCCGCGUGAUUUUCGCACAACAACUCGCACAGAAACGCUCUGGCACACGCGGACAUGACGCCCGUCAGGCACAGCUUGCGAUAGAAACUGAGUUCACUGCUCUGAAAGCUCAGGACCCGCAGGUCUACGUUUCACCUGAUAUCGCGACUGAGCUUAUCACGGACGUCUUUGAUAAAUUUGCGCUUAUCAAUUUUGAUGCGCGGAAAGCAAAGGCAAGGAAGAUCUUACGAGGUCUUGGAUUUGAGGAGGCCCAAGUCGAGGCUAGGGUGCAGACUUUGAGCGGUGGAUGGCGGAUGCAGAUUGCGCUUGCGAAAGCCCUAUUUGUUGGCCCGGACAUCCUCCUGCUCGACGAACCAACAAACCACCUUGACCUUCCGGCAAUCCUCUGGCUGCAAGAAUACCUCAUCGACGAAACAGCGGGGCUCACACUUGUCAUCGUGUCGCACGACCGAGCAUUUUUGAACGCGGUGACAACGGAGACUAUCAUACUGCGGGACAAGAUGUUGAAAUACCAUGCGGGAUCGUUCGCAGACUACGAAAGCACAAGUGAGGAGCAGCGCGUACGGAAGCAAGCGUUGCUGGAUGUGCAGGCGAAGAAGCGAGCGAAGCUCGUAGCAAGCAUCCAGCACAAUGUACAGCAGGCUCGAGCGACUGGGGAUGACAAGCGUCUCGGGCAAGUAGCGAGCCGGAAGAAGAAGCUUGAGCGCCUUGGAAUGGAGAAGACGGAGGAUGGGAAGCGGUUCAAGGUGUCUUACUGGGCCGGAUACCACACGACAGCACGCGCGGAGAUCGAGAUGGAGAAGGCCUUGAAGACGGCGUCGAUCAAAAUUCCAGAUCCUCCUCCGUUGCGGUACCACGGAUCCGUGUUCACCGUGAAGAAUGCGUCGUUUCGCUAUCCCAAUUCAAAUAUAGAUGUCCUGACAAACGUCAGCCUGGAUGUAGGUCCCCAUGCUCGCAUAGCGCUGCUCGGCCCCAAUGGGUGCGGGAAGACAACGCUCCUGAACAUGAUGGUGGGCGUAACGCAUCCGACAACAGGGGAAGUUUACCGACACCCCUCGCUCCGCAUCGGCUACUUCUCGCAGCACGUAGUCGACCAGCUCACGCUCACCCGUACACCCAUCGAAGAGAUGCGCUCUCGGCAUCCAGGGCUUUCAGAACAAGAGUGUCGGGCACACUUUGGCACUGUCGGCGUGAGCGGGAAUACCGUUCUCCGGAAGAUCGCAAACCUCAGUGGAGGACAGCGGAACCGCAUAGCAUUUGCGAUCAUUCUGUAUGAUGCACCGCAUGUACUUGUGAUUGAUGAAAUCACGAAUCAUUUGGAUAUGGGCACUGUGGAUAGGCUGGUGGAGGCGCUGGAGGGCUUCGAAGGAGCGCUGGUGCUGGUAAGCCAUGACGUAUGGUUCAUGAAGCAACUGAUGGAGGGAGAGGUCGAUGAUGACGAUGAUGAAAGUGAUGUGAAGGAGGAGAGGACGUUUUACGUCGUUAGGAAUGGUGCUGUGAAGCGCUGGGAGAAAGACAUGGAUGGGUAUGUUGAGGCGGUCAUGAAGAGGGUCAAAAAGAGCGAUAGGUACUAG